AUGAUUGCUGAAAAAGAUAAUUUGGAUUAUGCCUGGGACAAAGAAGUCCCUUCAGGUCAACAGCCUGAGAGAGGAGAUGAACAAGAAGAACAGGAUAAUAUAGAUGUUUUGAAAGAGAAGGGCGAGCCUGUUAAAUUUGAAUAUGACAUUGGUCCAGAUCUUGGUAUACCCAAACAAGACACUGAAGAUGCCAUAAAAUUGUACGAGAUGCCAGAAAAUGAGUAUAGACAUUUGAUGAGAUCUCUAAAUGUCUAUCUCAGAAUGAAAUUUGUAAAUGACACAUUACGUGUCAUUAAGACAUCUGAAAACCAAGUGGUGGGGCUGGUCGGAGUGAAAGCCAUCGGCUCAAUCGCUGAAGCAGGAAAGAGUAUAAGCGAUACAGUGAAACAAUCUAACGAGUUGACAGAAUUAGAACUAAUAAGAGAACUUCGAAACAGGAGAUUAGAAGAAAGGAAAGGAAAAGGUUUUAAAGUUAUAGGAUAA